AUGCCCACCAGCGACGGAAAUACUAGCAAAAAUCGAGCAGAUGAAGCUCAUCCAGAACACAAGGACUCGACAGCGACGAGUCCCUCCAAGUUGCUCAAAUAUUUGACGGUUGCGCAGAGGGUUUCUGCGCCAUUUAUCACUAUAUUCGCUGGAAUUCAUCUUGCUGCACCGAUUUCAGCCAUUUUCGGAGGUUCAGCAGCCUCCAACAGGCUCCUUCUUCUGGGUCGCGAGUACUACCAAGGACCACUUACAGAGCCUCUUCUACUCUUUAUCCCGCUCGGAAUACAUAUUGGCUCGAGUCUUGCGAGGCGCGCUUUGCUUGGGGUCCCCAAGAGGCCUAGCCUUGUCACCCUGACAGGAUACGCGGCUCUCUUGAGUGUCCCAUUCCAUAUCUUUAUUCACAGGAUCAUCCCCUCGUCUCCUGACCCACCCAUCUCCUCGUACUCGCCAUCCGAGCUCAAUUUUGAAUUCGUCAAAGCAAGUCUCCAUGCUUGGCCUAUAACGAGCUGGUUGUCAUAUACUGGACUUGUUGCCAUUGUCGCUCUGCAUGGAGGCGAAGGAGGGUCUAUCAUCAACCGCUGGCUGACCGGCAAGCCUCUGAACAGGACUGUUCGACGUACUGUGGCUAUCCUUGCUACAUUUGCGACGAUGUAUGGCCUAUACGUGCUCUCCAAUGAGCCACUGCACCUCCGCGGCCGCAAUCUCAGUAGAGUCCUAGACAUGCACCUCUUCAAUCGCCUUUAUGCUUAG